AUGACCUCGCAAGAACGCUUGCAACGCGCCAUAUCCAUAGCGUCUGACCCUUUCUCCGAGCCUGAAGUCUACUACGGUGAGCCAAGCACUCUAGACGGCCCCGACGGACACCACCAUCGGCGCACGUUCUCGGCGGAUUUGAGGUCGGUCAAUCGGGAUGACAUCAAGGAGUUUCUCGGAAAGUUGCCGGCGCGUCGAGGGAGUCACGAUGAAUCGACUUUGACGUCUCGCAAAUUCCUAAUCGACGUCGACAAGACGAUCGCUUCCCUGCUCGAACGGGAGGACACUGAUCAGAACAUGGAAAUCACAAUCGAGGAUGUCGGCCCUAAGGUCCUACCCGUCGGAACAGCUGCUUCUCACGGAUACAACAAAUUCGACGUCCGAGGUACUUACAUGUUGUCCAAUCUCCUCCAAGAGCUCACAAUAGCAAGAGAAUACGGUCGCAAGAGAAUUGUGCUCGAUGAACAACGACUGAGUGAGAACCCGGUCAGCCGUUUGUCUCGCUUUAUCAAGAAGACAUUCUGGAAUGCUUUGACUCGAAGAAUUGACGGGUCAAACAUCGCCGUUGCCGGGUUGGACCCCAAAGACUGGACUGGCGACCCGCGGCCUCGUAUUUAUGUACCACCAGGCGCUCCUGAACAGUUGGAGUACUAUACAAGAAUCGCCGAGGAGAAUCCAGAGAUGGGGUUGGAUGUUCAGAAAUUGGAAGGUCCCAUAACCCCGGAAUACGUAAAGAGCUUGAAUGCCAAGCCAGGUCUUUUAGCUCUAGAGAUGGAAAAAUUCAUCGAUCCCAAGACAGGCAAGGAGGAUCUACGUGGUGUUCCUUUCGUUGUCCCAGGUGGUCGUUUCAACGAGCUGUACGGCUGGGACAGCUACAUGGAGUCGCUGGGUCUGCUGGUCAGCGAUCGAGUAGACCUGGCCAAGGGUAUGGUGAUCAAUUUCUGUUUUUCUAUCAAACACUACGGCAAGAUUCUCAACGCCAAUCGCUCAUACUACCUCACACGAUCUCAGCCGCCUUUCCUCACCGACAUGGCAUUGAGAGUGUACGACAAAAUCAAACAAGAACCUGAUGCGCUGGAGUUUCUUCGAAUGGCGACACUCGCGGCCAUCAAGGAAUACUACAGCGUUUGGACUGCGGAGCCACGAUACGAUCCUGCCACAGGUCUUUCACGAUACCGCCCCGAAGGUCUCGGGGUUCCUCCAGAAACCGAAGCUAGCCACUUCCUUCACCUUCUGACACCAUAUGCUGAAAAGCAUGGUAUGUCGUUUACAGACUUUGUCGCGGCUUACAAUGACGGUGUCAUUACCGAACCUGAACUUGACGAAUAUUUCUUACACGAUCGCGCCGUUCGUGAAUCUGGCCAUGACACAUCGUACCGCCUGGAAAGAAUCUGCGCCAAUCUAGCCACCGUUGACCUCAACUCGCUCUUGUACAAAUACGAAGUAGACAUUUCACGAAUCGUUCGUACCUACUUCAAAGACAAGUUGGCGAUACCUUCAGAGUUUCGCACGCCGCAAACCGCGAAUGUCGAGUUUGAAACGUCGUCUGUGUGGGAUCGUCGGGCCAGGAAGAGAAAAUUGACCAUGGACAAGUUGAUGUGGAAUGAGGAGAAGGGAAUGUUCUUUGACUACGAUACAGUCAAGAAGCAUUGCAUACAGUAUGAAAGUGCUACGACAUUCUGGACCAUGUGGGCUGGCUUGGCAACACCAGAACAAGCCUCCAAACUCGUCCGGCAAGCUCUUCCUCGUCUAGAGGAAGCUGGAGGACUGGCUUCUGGAACCGAGGAGUCGCGUGGAGAGAUCAGUCUCACUCGACCUAACCGUCAAUGGGACUACCCCUUUGGAUGGGCUCCGCAGCAAAUGCUGGCAUGGACUGGUCUUUUGCGAUAUGGAUAUCAAGACGAUGCAGAGCGCUUGGCUUAUAAGUGGUUGUAUAUGAUUACGAAGGCGUUUGUUGACUUUAACGGUAUCGUUGUGGAAAAGUACGAUGUCACGCGUCCGAUUGACCCCCACCGAGUUGAAGCUGAAUACGGCAACCAAGGGUCAAGUAAGACUGGAUUCGGUUGGGUCAAUGCCAGCUAUGUAUACGGCCUGGAUAUUUUGAAUGCGCAUCAGAGACGAGCGUUGGGAGCAGUGACCCCAUAUGAGACUUUCAGCAAGGCUGUUGAUCAGCAAUUUCCUUACUAA